AUGACUAUUACAAAUAUUGAAUUUGUGAGCGGAUUUGGGUGUAGAGGUGUUGCAGGGGGAGGCUUUCAGUCUUCACGUUCACAACGGCGUUCUUAUUCUAGUGAAUCAACUGAUUCAGGUAAAACCAGUAGACGCCUUAGCAAAGCUCAAAAGGCUGCUAUUGUGUUCCCUCCUUAUAUCAUUGAGCAAAAAGAUGCACCCUUUUUACAAUGGUUAUGGGAUCUCUUUGAUUCUAUAAGAAUUGUAGGGCUACCUCCUAAGGCUCGCGAUCGAGAGCUUUUUACUCCUGUUGUUUUUGCCUUCUUGAUUUGCGGGGACGCCUCUUAUCAUAAAAGAGAUGGAUGCAUCCAUAUUUACACCAAUUCAUUCACCCCAGCGGAAGUUGAUUUAUUACGUUCUAUCCUCUUAACGAAUUUGAAUAUUGAGUCGACUCGAAAUGUUGCAAAUAGAGCUAAGGAGCAGUAUAUGAUUCGAAUUCCUAAAGGGGAGGUUGUAUUAGAUAAGUACGGAAUCCAAUCUACUCGCUAUGCUAAGAAUCAAGAUAAGGGCCAGUACAUUAUAAGAAUUCCUAAAAGAGAGCUACCUAAAGUUCAAGAGUUGGUGAAACCUUUUAUUCCACCUUGUAUGGCUAAGCGUAUUGUCGGAGCUGCCCCUUUGCAGUGUACUACUUUUGAUAAACGGUACCGUAAAGUAGAGGGGAAGAACGUAAAGGUCCUACCCGAGAAUAUAGCUGAACUGUUGACACCUAGAGCCUUGGCCUAUUGCCUCGCGGGAGAAGGUGGUUAUGAUAAAAGUCGAGGAGCAAUACGGAUAGCCACUCAUUCCUUUACUCCAGAGGAAGUUGAUCAAUUGCGAGCUGCCCUACUGAAUAAUUUUAAUAUUGAGUCUAGCCGCAAUGUUUAUGGUAAAGCCAAAGCCACUUCGGCAAAAAUUAUUGGAGCUGGUUUGGCAACUAUCGGAAUUGCAGGCUCUGGGGUUGGAGUCGGCUUAGUCUUUGGUGCCCUUAUACUGGCUACAGCCCGGAACCCUUCGCUUCGAGGCCAAUUUUUCUCUUAUGGUGUCUUGGGUAUUGUGGGUGCUUCCCCGCGGAAAUCAUCUUACUACGACAAACGUUACGGUAAAACUUCUGUCUCAUAUGGCUUCGAAACCUUUACACUGCCCAUUUUCACUGACCUACACCGAGUGUGGUACCGUAAAGACAACGGGAUGGGUGCAUUUUACACUAAUUCCUUUACUGCUGGGGAGGUCGACCUUUUACGCUCUAUUCUUCUUAAGAAAUUGAAUAUUGAGUCUACUCGUAACUCAGCUGGUUGUAUAAAAGUAUGUUCCGAUUCAUUUACUGUUGAGGAAGUCGACCAAUUACGCUCCAUACUCUUAAGCAAGUUCAAUAUUCAUUCUACUAGGAAUGUUGUUCGAGCCGGUCAAUUCCGUAUUCGUAUUCCUAAAAGAGAGGUAGCUAAAGUACAGGAACUUGUAAAACCUUUCAUUCCCACUUCGAUGGGUGGACAGUAUGUAAGAGAGAUUACUAGAGGAGAGAGGGAAAACCCUACGGUUGACCAUAGAGCAACCCCCCAAAGUACAAGAGCAGUAACCCCUAAAAUGGGAAGGAUAGGAAGGCCUUUACCAUUACGUGAGCAAAGCCCAAUACGGCUAAAUACUGGUUUACCCAGGAACUAUCCUGAGCUUCCUGGUAACGGGGCUUCUAAGCAGACCCGGCUUUAUUCGACUGCAGAUUCUCCUCAAUCUGCGCCCUCGGGAAAACCUAAGGGCAAACCCACUAGGUUAACCAAAGAGCAAAAAGCAGCUCUAGUCAUUCCUGAGAACACGCUACAACUUAUUACAGCAGAAGGAUCAAGAGUUUGUACGCCACCUUUGGGACCAAUUUUAUUCACUAGGGUUCCUGGGGGCCCUCCCAAAGAGUGUCAAAACCUGAUCGAGCUCACGGGUACGGCGGCUAUUGUAUUUACUGAUGAUAUUAAAGAGCUUAUUACAGGUAUGAUAUUGGGGGACGGAAAUCUGCGAAUGAUAGGUAAAGAAGGCCGAUUGCAAAUCGAACAGAAAGAUCGUGAGUUUUUACAACUCCUUUGGCAGCUCUUUAGUGGUGUAGGGAUUGUAGGGGCACAGCCUAGAGAACGCUCUCAUUUUCUAAGCGUUUGGUAUAAAAACAGUGGAGGGAAAAAUGUUAAGCCUUCGCCUGCUGCCGGGCCAGAGACAAGCCGUAUCUCUAAUGGGGUAAAAGGUAAAGAACAAUAUCGUAUCCGUAUUCCUAAAAGAGAGUGGUUUUAUUCGAAUUAUUCUGGUCAUACUCAUUCGGGUUCUUCCAAAGGAAAGGCGAAAGGCAAAGCUACAAGAAAACAGCUUACCAAAGACCAAAAAGCUGCUAUUGUUUUCCCUCCUCAGAUACAAGAAGUCAUUACAGGUAUGCUGUUAUCCGACUGUUCAUUACAAAUUAUGGGAAAAGACGGUAGAUUACACAUACACCAGAAAGACACAGAUUUUGUUUACCAUCUUUAUGAUCUCUUUGAUACUUUAGAAAUAGUAGGGGCUACUCCCAAAGAGUGUAAAAGCGUGAUCAAACCCUCCG